AUGGUAGCAGGUAUCUGCUUGCGCAGCUUCGCAUCUCAAUGUAGAAACCAAAGUACACGCUCAUUUAGCAGCUCCAGCAAUCUCGUUCCCCUCCGUCGCAAAGCGCAAUACCCGAUUUCCAAUCCAUUACCUGUCACGACUAGACGCUCCGUACAAACACAACAAUAUGCUGCUUUUGCGCCUCCGUCUCCAGAAUCUUUAGGAAAAGCUGCACCUCCGAAGCAGUACAAACGAACGAUAAAAUGGGGUAGACGUUUCUUAAUACUUGGAGCGGUGGCGGGCACUCUGUAUCUCAUUGAUACCCGACUCUACGCCGCCUCGAUUACAAGAUCACUUCGAACUUUCGGUCUGGGAAUAUUAGUGGCUAUAGACUACAAGCUUAACUUCCGACCGAAACCUCUCACGGGCGGAACGAUCACAGAUCUUCACCGGCGCAAUGCGGAAAGGAUGUUUAAUCUGUUGCAUCAAAAUGGAGGAUUAUAUCUGAAGAUUGGCCAGGCGAUAGCUAUGCAGAGUGCAGUUUUGCCUCCGGAAUUUCAGAAGAUGUUUGCUAGAAUGUUUGAUGAUGCGCCGCAGAAUGAUUGGAAUGAUGUUGAAAGAGUUAUAAGGGAGGACUUUGGGAGAAGUCCCGAGGAAGUCUUUGGAGUAUCUUUCACAAACGAACCAGGAUUUGGCGUAAUGGAGAAGAAAGCUAGGGCCUCUGCUUCGGUCGCUCAGGUACAUUGGGCUAGGUUAUCGGAUGGUAGAGAAGUGGCAAUCAAAGUUCAGAAAAGAGAGAUUGCGUCCCAAGUUGGCUGGGAUCUAUGGGCUUUCAGGGUCGUCAUGAAGGUUUACACCAAAUGGUUCGACUUGCCUCUGUAUUCUCUCGUCCCAUACAUCACCGAGAGACUGAUGUUGGAAACCGACUUUGUAAAUGAAGCAAACAACUCUGAGAAAAUGGCCGAGCUAGUUCGAGGAGAACCACGUCUUCGAGAUCGAGUAUACAUUCCAAAGGUCUACCGCGAGUUAUCAUCCAAACGAAUAAUGACAGCGGAAUGGAUUGAAGGCGUCCGUCUCUGGGAUAAAGAGACUCUUCAAGGUACCUGGCUUGGUGGCUACGCUAAAGGCUCUCCAGGAGCAAAUGCCUCACCUCUAUCCGCACCCUCCAUCCCACCAAACAACGGAACAGGGAACCUCAAACCAGACCGUGACCAAUGGAAAGGAAAGAACGGCAAAGGCGGUCUUGGUCUCUCUCUCAAAGAAGUAAUGACCACAAUGGUCGACCUCUUCUCCGCCCAAAUGUUCCUCUGGGGUCUCGUCCACUGCGAUCCUCACCCAGGAAACAUCUUCAUCCGUCGCAAACCCAACGGACACACCGAACUCGUGCUAAUCGACCACGGUCUCUACGUCUCCAUGACACCUAAAUUCCGGCACCAAUACUGUCAAUUCUGGAAAGCAAUCAUGACCUUCGACAACGACACCCUCAAAACCAUCACCUCAGCCUGGGGCGUCAAAGCCCCCGACCUCUUCGCCAGCGCCACCCUCAUGAAACCCUACGACGGCGGCGACGGCAGCACGAAAUCGCGCAUCACCACCGAGCUCAAGGGCAAAACGCAGGCCGAACGCCAUUACGAGGUCCAGGAACGCAUGCGUCAAGGCAUCCGUGAGAUCCUCUCCGAAGAAGACAAUUUCCCCCGCGAACUCCUGUUCAUCGGCCGCAAUAUGCGCAUCGUGCAGGGCAACAACCAGUUCCUCGGCUCCCCCGUGAAUCGGAUCAAGAUGACGGGUUCGUGGGCGAGUAGGAGUCUGGUCGAUAGCAAGGACCUCAGUUUUGGGGAACGCGUGGUUAAUGGGUGGAAACAUCUCAUCUUUAGAUUCGUGUUGUUCGGCAGUGAUAUCGUGUUUUAUACUAGUAAAGUAAGGCAGAUUCUCGGGUUCGGAGGCGGUAUGGAAGAUGAUAUCGAGAAACAGAUGAGGUUUCUUGCGAAGGAUCAGUUCGGGGUGGAGUUGCAACAUAGUGUUUUCGAGGGGUAG